AUGGCGUUGUCUCAGACUAUCACUACUCCCACCGUUACGUACGAGCAGCCGCUUGGACUGUACAUCGACGGGAGAUGGGUCAAGGGCGUUAAUGGAAGCGUCUUCGAAACCAUCAACCCAGCCACUGAGGAACCCAUCGUCUCUGUCCAUGAAGCCACGGCCGAGGAUGUCGACCUCGCAGUUGCAGCAGCCCGUAAGGCCUUCAACGGCGUUUGGCGUCAGACAACCCCAACGGCACGCGGCGUACUGCUGUCUAAACUGGCCGAUUUACUAGACGAGCAGGCUGAUACCCUUGCUUCCAUCGACGCACUUGACAAUGGCAAAGCUAUCGCCAUGGCCAAGGUUGAUGUGCAAAUGGCGUCUGGCUGCCUCCGGUACUACAGCGGCUGGGCAGACAAGAUUCACGGCAAGACCAUUGACACCGACCCAGAUACGUUCAACUAUACUCGACACGAGGCCAUCGGUGUCUGCGGCCAGAUCAUUCCAUGGAACUUCCCUCUCGUCUCGUGGGCGUGGAAGAUCGGUCCUGCUCUAGCCGCAGGCAACACUGUCGUCAUGAAGACGGCCGAACAAACACCGCUUUCCGCUUUAUACGCCACCACGUUGGUAGAAAAGGCAGGCUUCCCAGCAGGAGUAGUCAAUACUCUCUCCGGCUUUGGCAAGGUCGCCGGUGCAGCCAUCGCCUCACAUCCAGGUAUCGACAAAGUGUCCUUCACUGGCUCGACAGAUGUAGGGAGAAGCAUUCUCCAAGCGUCUUCCAAGUCAAACAUCAAGAAUCUCACCCUUGAGUUGGGCGGAAAAUCUCCCAACAUCAUCUUCAACGACGCAAACCUCGAUGACGCCAUUCACUGGGCACACUUUGGCAUCUUCUACAACCACGGGCAGGUGUGCUGCGCGGGGACCAGGAUCUACGUCCAGUCCGGCAUCUACGACAAGUUCGUCAAGGCCUUCAAGGCCAAAACAUCAGACAUAGUUGUCGGCGAUCCAUUUAGCGCGGAUACAUUCCAAGGACCGCAGAUUAGUAAAGCGCAGUUUGACCGGAUUAUGGGCUACAUCCAAAGUGCCAAGGACGAUGGAGCGACGGUCGAACUGGGUGGCCGGCGUCACGGGGAGAAGGGCUAUUACAUCGAGCCCACUAUUUUUAGUAACGUGAAUAGCGGAAUGAAGAUUGUUCAGGAGGAAGUGUUUGGACCGGUUUGUGUUAUUUGCAAGUUUGAGACGGAGGAGGAUGUCAUACAGGCGGGUAACGAUACGUCGUUUGGACUUGCGGCGGCUGUGCAUACGACGAACUUGAAAACGGCGAUUCGUGUAUCGAACCGUCUUAAUGCCGGGACGGUUUGGGUUAAUGGGUAUAAUAUGAUUAGUUAUCAGGUGCCGUUUGGGGGAUUCAAGGAGUCUGGUAUUGGUCGUGAGCUUGGGAAGUAUGCCUUGAAUGAGUAUACUCAGGUUAAGUCUGUUCGUAUCAGGCUUGCUGACGGGAUGUAA